GCGGGCAGCAGCCGAUCAUUGAUGGUUGGCUAAUGGCAACUUCCGGGUAUUCUGUCAAUUGACACCCUGGCAACUUCAGGAGGAGGACACGAGGCUUGGUCUGAGUCUCCUUCGUGAAGUCAAACAGCUUUCACAGCCUCGAAGAUCUCAAGGCCUGAUUCGAGGACCUUCUAUCCGAGUCUCAAUUGGCCCCGUCCUUCCAUCCCCACUCAACACCAGGACUCCUCGGAAACGACCCUGGAACUUGACUAAGCUCGAGUCAAGAUGGAGGAGCAUUUUCCGUCCAUGAUCAAGAAGCAGUGCGAGGUGUGCAAAAAAACGGAUGAUCUGUUACGGUGUGGCGGAUGCUACACCUACUACUAUUGCGGCCGCGAUCACCAGACAUCUGACCGCCCAACUCACAAGACGACAUGCAAGACUAUCAAGGGCACCAAGACCAAGGUCGAGGAGGAGGAGGCCAAGCUGCAUGCCCGGGUGGCCGACGAUGACGACGAACUGCCAUCAGACGUUCUCGACACAGGCAGGCUGUGGGCGUUUAAACCGGCACGGCCGUAUUUGCAAGCACUGUUUGAACACGGCGAAAUACUCGUCCGUUCCUGGCGGCAGCAGGGGAUCGAGGACGCGCUGACCAUCUAUCUCAAGCUGUUAAAGCUGAACACGGUCGACAACCAGGCGGCGCGCUAUCUCGUCCCCGCUCUGUACAUACGGCUCGGAAAAAAUCAGGAGGCUUACGAUUUCUUGAAGGGAUGGGGGCUCCAGUUCCGAGGCAAGCCCGAGGCCAAACAGCUCGAUGAACCUAGCAAGGCGUAUCUCCACGUCAAGAACGCCGACGCUACCGAAGAAGUCGAGCUCUGGACCGGCAGCCGGUUCCUGGACCUCGCAUUCGUAUCCAGCCUGCAGCUAAUCAAGGUGCGCCUCCUGUUGGGCCUACAACACCUACUCCAGGCCCGCGCCGAACUUCCCCAGGGUUCACCUAUGCCGCCAGUUCGGGAGAUCCUCGCCGAUGUCCGCGGCAAGUACUGCGACGACAUUCUGGAUCGCAUGCCCGAGAUCUUCGCCGACGAUGCUUCGAUCGUCAAGAAGCAGGGGGAGCUCAACGAACAGCUCAAGGAGCUCUUCAUUGCCGUCGACAAGUACAACAAGCACUUCUGGCCCAUGAUGCUGCAGCCCGAGGAACGCGACUUCGCGAGCGGGUCCCAGAUGUAUACCCAUGGAUCGCGACAGGAGGCGCACCUCGCCUUCUCGCAAACGUACCCCGCCUGGUGCGAGACCCCGAUGGCGAUCGGGAUGAUUCGCGCGGCCGUGACUGCGGCUAGCCAGGAGUGACGGGAAUCAAUGUUGCUCAUCCAUGGUCAAGGGCAAGCUUGAAGGGCGGCCAUGUACCUUACAUAGCCAUGACCAAGAGCUCAGCACUCUGGUACUCAAUUUCAAGCUAUAAAGCCCCUCUACAUCAGGUACACUUUUGACUGGCGAAGUCCAAGUAGAGUUAAGGCGUUAUGAGAAGUAAAUCUGACCCUAGAUAAUUAAAAAUGAAGGGUGUUCAAAAUACACCCAGGUAGCAAAAGGUACGUCACC